AUGGUAUGGAGAGUACAUUCCAACCACUACAGUUGUGUAAAUUUUUUUCCAACCUGAAGUUUAGUCAGGACACUUUUUUCCAUUUAGAUAAUUAAUAACGAAGUUUAUAAACUCCUAAUAUCUUUCAGAAUGACUUCACCUGACGUUGUUCGACAGAUGCAAGAUAAAAAUGCUCGUCCUUUGUCCUUAUCUGGUCAUGUUGGAUUUGACAGCUUGCCAGAUCAACUUGUCAACAAAUCAACAUCCCAAGGUUUCUGUUUCAAUAUCCUCUGCAUUGGUGAAACCGGUAUUGGCAAAUCAACUCUGAUGGACACACUUUUCAACACAAAUUUCGAGAACUUUGAGUCCUCCCACUUUGAGCCCAAGGUGAAACUGCGAGCUCAAACGUAUGACUUGCAGGAGAGCAAUGUCCGGCUGAAGCUCACCAUCGUCAACACUGUAGGCUUUGGGGACCAAAUGAAUAAGCAAGAAAGCUACCAGCAUGUUGUGGACUACAUAGACACACAGUUUGAGUCCUACCUACAGGAAGAGCUAAAAAUCAAGCGCUCCCUCCAUAACUACCAUGACUCGCGCAUCCAUGCCUGCCUGUACUUCAUUGCCCCCUCCGGUCACUCCCUGAAGUCUUUGGAUUUGGUCACGAUGAAGAAGCUGGACAGCAAGGUCAACAUUAUUCCUGUCAUUGCCAAAGCUGACACCAUUUCAAAAAGCGAGCUUCACAAGUUCAAGAUCAAGAUAAUGAGUGAACUUGUGAGCAAUGGAGUGCAGAUUUACCAGUUCCCUAUUGAUGAUGAGACGGUGUCCAAAAUCAAUACAGCCAUGAAUGGUCAUCUUCCCUUCGCUGUUGUUGGGAGCACUGAAGAAGUGAAGAUAGGGAACAAAAUGGUGAAAGCACGGCAGUACCCUUGGGGGGUGGUGCAAGUGGAGAAUGAGAAUCACUGCGAUUUUGUGAAGCUGCGCGAGAUGCUGAUCUGCGUGAACAUGGAGGACCUGCGGGAGCAGACACACACGCGUCACUAUGAGCUGUACCGCCGCUGCAAGCUGGAGGAGAUGGGCUUCAAGGACACGGAUGCUGAGAGCAAACCCGUCAGCCUACAGCAGACAUACGAAGCCAAGCGACAAGAAUUCCUUGGGGAGCUUCAGAAGAGGGAGGAAGAAAUGAGGCAGAUGUUUGUCCAGAGAGUUAAGGAGAAGGAAAUGGAGCUGAAGGAGGCUGAAAGAGAGUUGCAGGCCAAGUUUGAGCAAUUGAAGAGACUUCACCAUGACGAGACAAGCAAGCUGGAUGAGAAGAGGAGGAUGCUAGAGGAUGAGAUCAACACUUUCAACAAGAAGAAAGCUGCCACUGAGCUGCUUCAGGCUCAGGCUUUUAACACUAAUGCCAACAUUAAAAAAGACAAAGAUCGCAAGAACUCCGGUUUUAUGUGAAGAAACACGCUCAGCUGCACCCAGCACUCGGCUCUCUAAUAACAGAAUAGCACCUGUUGCUGCCCUAAUCCUCGCUGCUUCAUGUGCCAAGCUGUGGAUUACUCUUGCCUUUUUAUAACACUAGUGCCUUGUUAUUUGUGUACCCCCCCCCCCCCCGAUCCUUUAAGCCAUUGCCCCAGAGGCUGCUAGCAUGGCUGUCUUAGCCCCUGACCUGAUGUAAUGGUGCCCUUUCUUUGGUUACGUCAAAUAAGAGCAUGUUCAUGGUCUUGAACUGUAACAUGCAGCCAUGACAGUGGAUUUUUCCUCCACUCCGUUUAGCCUCUAGAAUGGACCUGAUAACAGGGUUAGCAGUGCUGGAUAUCCUGUGUAGGGAGGUACACCCUGUGUGUGUACCUCUACUCUUCACUUAUUUUGGGUUGUUGUAAGAAAAGCAACAAACUGUUACUUUUUUAAUGAAUCAGGAUUUGUUUUGUUCAUGCAUUAUGCUUAACAUCAUUUAAGGGAUGUUGGAUGCAAAGAACAUUGUAUGCCUUUAUUUACAAUAUUUUUGUUUCAUUUUCUUGUGUCAUGUUAACCAAAGAACUAUUAAAAUGGCAUUUUAAUGUUGGGCCUGCACGUUCUAAAAGGCAGCCUCUGAAUUGCCAUUUAUACUCAUACUAUGCAAAUUAUUAAUAGACACUUAAAUAUAAUGCAUUCAGACUUUUCCUAAGUGCCUUUUGUACUCUAAUUUGCUGCUGUAUUUUACUAGCAGCUGAAACGUUUACCUUAAGUGUUUAUUUUGUGCUGUAAUAAUUACCAAACAAUGGCAUGGUUCAUAAAAACAUUCAUGCUAUUAAAAUGUUAUUCACCAAAUUAUACUCUUUAUUGGUAACAUGUUUGUAUAAGCAGUGUUGGAGGUAUAGGGGUAUUGUGAGUAAAAUAAAAUUCUAUUUCUUGGA